AAGUACCCAAAAUGCUCAGACAGUUUACCCCUAGAUUAUCUCAGACUGUUGGCCGUCGUUUCCAACACGCUGCGGCCAACAAGCCUCACCGUAUUUCCGACUUUGUUCCAAACAAGGAGGCCGCCCAAAAGUACUUGGCCGAGGUCAAGGCCGCUGAGGACCACGCCGCCGGUACCGCUGACAUGUGGAAGAAAAUCACCUACUACAUUGCGUUGCCAGCCUGUUUCCUCGUUGGGGUCAACACCUUGUUCGUUGAAUUGGAGCAUGCCAAGCACAGAGAGCACAUGGCCCAUUUGUCCGACGAGGAGUGGCCACAGCAAUACGAAUACCAGAACAUGAGACAAAAGGACUACUUCUGGGGUGACGGUGACAAGACCUUGUUCUGGAACCUGAUUGUCAACAGACACAUCAGAGACAACUAGAUGUCUAGCGUGCAUACAUUUUACUUCGUGUAGAGCAUAUUUAAGAUCAAUUCCAUAUUAAAGAACCAGAUGUAGUAAUAUGAGGGCUUUUGUGCUAAACAAGCAGCAAUAGGGAGUAUUUUUUUUGUGCCAACCUGGCUGCAAGGGGAUAUGUGGGUCAAUGACGAGGUGAGGGUGAUAUCAUCGAGAGCGCUUAUACUAAUUCACCUAGGGGCUUGAAUGGUUUGUCAACAAGGGGGCUCGUAUCAGUGAUCCGCUGUUUAUUUUACGCCUAUCUUUCUAGGUACGAUAACGAAUGAUGCAAAUGGUUGAAGGAUCAAUUUGUUGUGGAAAUCGCAAAACGCUUCGAGUGACAAUUGUGAGGAGACCGUCUAUGUAAUAGGCUGAAUCGGGGGAUAUCAUAAAAGGGUGAUGACAGGAUAUUUGUGGCAAGUUAUUCAGACUACAA